UCCUGGCUUGAGAAGUUUUUGUUAUUCUUGUUUUUGGGGCAUGUUUUGCUUGGGCCAGUGCGCCGCUCUGUUCAGCUCCGUGCCUUGAGUCGUGCUGAAGCUGUUCCAGCCACGGGAGAAAGCAAUAAUAAUACAACCAGGAAUAAUAAAAGAACAGAAUAAAUAACAAAAACCAAAUACAACAACAAUAAAGUGUUCAAAAACUCGGGGAUUUUUAUAUUUUUGUUUUUUUCAAUAAACAAAACGAAAGUAAACCUAAGCAUAAAAUUAAACUCUUCAGUGCCAAGAAAAAGGCAAGGCCCAUUAGAUACUGAAAUAGGCGGCGCAUUUGGAUAUAUACAUACACGAACCAGGCAACGAACCACAAAUCAACACACACAGCGCCAUGUCAAAGACACCGUCAUUUGAUAAGGAUCGGGACUACAUUGGCUUUGCCACGCUGCCGGAGCAAGUGCACCGGAAAUCGGUGAAGCGCGGCUUCGAGUUCACGCUGAUGGUUGUGGGUGAAUCGGGCCUGGGCAAGUCCACGCUCAUCAACAGCCUCUUUCUGGGCGAUCUGUACAAGAAUCGCACGGUGCCCAAUGUGGAGGAGCGCAUCGAGAAGACGACACGGAUCGAGAAGAAGACCAUGGACAUCGAGGAGCGGGGCGUGCGCCUGCGCCUCACCGUGGUGGAUACGCCCGGCUUCGGGGAUGCGAUCAACUGCGAGGAUAGCUGGCGCGUCUGCACUCAGUACAUUGACGAACAGUUCCGGCAGUAUUUCACCGACGAGAGCGGCCUGAAUCGACGCAACAUACAGGACAAUCGUGUGCAUUGCUGCUUGUACUUUGUGCCGCCCUGGGGGCACAGCCUGCGGCAGAUGGAUUUGGAUUUGAUCAGGCGACUGCAUCGAAAGGUAAACAUUGUCUUGGUCAUUGGCAAGGCGGAUUGCCUGAACAAGACGGAGGUGCGCAACCUGAAGGAGCGCAUCCUGCAGGAUCUCGAGGACAAUCACAUACAGCUGUAUCAGUUUCCCGAGUGCGAUUCCGACGAGGACGACGACUUCAAGCAGCAGGACCGUGAGCUCAAGGCAUCCAUACCGUUUGCCGUUGUCGGCAGCAACACCAUCUUGGAGGUGGCUGGCAAGAAGGUGCGCGGCCGCCAGUAUCCGUGGGGCGUGGUCAAUGUGGAGGAUGCGGAGCAUAGCGACUUUAUAAAGCUGCGCACCUUCCUCAUAUCGACGCAUAUGCAGGACCUCAAGGACACCACACAGGAUGUGCACUACGAGAACUUUCGGGCGCAGUGCAUCUCACAGAUAUCGCAGCAUGCGCUGCGUGAGCGCGGCAAAUUGAAGCGUGACUCGAUCAGCUCAACGAACGGGUUCGAUGCGGCCAUCUCGGAAACGGAUCGCCUGCUGCUGCAGAAGGACGAGGAGAUCCGACGCAUGCAGGACAUGCUCACGCAAAUGCAGGAAAAGCUCAAGCAGACGCAUCUCAUGGAGAUGAAGAAGAACGACAGCGUCAUCGAUGUCUAAACUUCGCGUGUUCAAUUUUGCAUCUUUCAUAUAUGUAUACAUAUACAUAUGUAUAUAUAAUACUUAUAUAGACUUUCCCUCUAUACAAAAGCAUAUACAUACCCACACACACACACACACACAUACAUUUGCACACAUACGUGGGCAGCCAACCACCAAAAAUUUACGUUUUUAAGUUAGCAGCAGAGUUUCCAGUUAACCAAAUUUCGUUAAGACAACUUCAAACCAAUUCCAAAAUGAAAACAAAACAAAUUAAAAUUUGUUCCUCUUCUUAAACAAAAAAUCGCUUACCAUUUACAGCUGCGUCUCGCCCAGCUCAGCUCAUUGACCAAACUCUUUUUGCAUUUCUCUAGAAAUUAGCACAAACUAAGAACGAAUAAGAAAUGAAAAGCAAACGCUUCGCUGAUUUUCUUCUGCAAAAAAAAAAAAAAAACCAAACAAACAACGUUUCAAUUGUUGAUCGUAGAAUUAACUCAAUUUGACUCGAUAAAAUAAUGCAUACAAAUUACAAUUACCAAGUGAAUUUUUUAAACGAAGAGACUAAACCUAAAACGUAGCUACGUUCAUACCACAAGCAAUUCCACAAAGAGAAAACAAAAACUAAAAUGAAUAUUAACAACUUAAAAUAGAGAUCGCAGUGCACGUAUUAUACCAAAGUAAAAUGAGUUUGAGAAACUACACGAACUAACAGAACAAACCGGAACAAGAGGCAAACAAAUAGAUACAUAGACACAUAUAUAUAUAAAGAUAAA